CUGACCCCCCUGUCCCAACAAGUCCUCAUCGACUGCUCCUGGGGCUUCGGGAACUACGCCUGUGAUGGGGGGGAGGAGUGGAGAGCCUAUGAGUGGAUCAAGAAACACGGUGGCAUCGCCAGCACCGAGUCCUACGGCACCUACAAAGGACAGAACGGUUUGUGCCACUACAACCAGUCGGAGAUGCUGGCCAAGAUCACGGGCUAUGUCAACGUCACCUCGGGCAACAUCACGGCCGUCAAAGCCGCCAUCUACAAGCACGGCCCCGUGGCCGUGAGCAUCGACGCCUCCCACAAGAGCUUCUCCUUCUACUCCAACGGCAUCUACUACGAACCCAAGUGCGACAACACACCAGGAUCUCUGGACCAUGCAGUGCUGGCCGUGGGCUACGGGGUCCUGCAGGGAGAGACCUACUGGCUCAUCAAGAACUCCUGGUCCACCUACUGGGGCAACGACGGCUACAUCCUCAUGGCCAUGAAGGACAACAACUGCGGCGUGGCCACCGAGGCCACCUACCCCAUCCUGGCCUGAGCCACCCCGGCUCUGUGGGGACAGCCCUCGGUGACACUCUGGGCACCCAGCCCUGGAUCAGCCCCUUUGGUGGAGCCCCCAGGCAGCAGGAAGCAGGACAGGGCCACGGGGUGCUGGACACGGGGCAGGAUGGGGACCCAGCAGUGGGCUUGCCAAUAAAGACACUGGAAAAAUACUGGAUGGCUUCUACAGCAGGGAUUCAACUGCUGCCCACCCAGCUGUGCCCCCUGUGCAGACCCCCGUGACACAUCCUGCCCC